CGCAAGUACACGCAGCAAGGCGGGAAUUUCUUCAUCAGAAACUGCGCGGGACGGUUCACUGCUCAAGAGCGCCUCAUUAAGAGCUUAGAGGUCAUGUAAAUCAUAUGUUUUCAUUUUUAUCUUUAUUCUCAGUAGAAAGAAAUGAACGAGACAGCAGAACUACAAAUGAACACCCAACCCGUUAGCGAUGAUGCGCACGUCAAAGUUACGCCACGUCAAGGGGGCGUGUCUUCAAAAAGAAGACUUUCAGAAUCCAGAUGUAACUCUAGGAGCGUCAACUCAGGUUUUAAAUCUCCAGUACUGAAGCCUAGUAUGGUGAAAUCUCCUGUUUGUCUUGAGGAAGAAGUGAAAGAGCUCAAGAAAACACAGGAUUGUCUGGAUUCAGAGAUUGCCUCACUGGAAAAAGAAGGAUUUGUUGUACAAGAGCUGGAUCAGCACAUCGACCUGCUGCAUGAAUACAAUGACAUCAAAGACAUUGGACAAACUCUACUGGGCAGACUAGCCGGCCUGCGUGGAGUGACCACACGAGACUUGUACAGUCACUUUGGCCUUGAGUUGGAUGACUGACAGAUAUUGGAAGGGCCUCAUAAUACUGUUAGUGUUAUAUCUUUGUAUUUAUACAGAACACACCAGUGUUUUCUUCAUGCUAUUGGGCUGAAUGAGCCUAAUUAAGAAGUUUCUGUCUGAAAUAACUCUGAUUUAAUUUUACAUACAAACCUUCAAAGAAAUAGAAAGGUCUUUUGUUAACACUGUGAUAAGAAUUGGUUUGACAUUUUUCUCUGAGCAUCGUUUUCCUCAUAUUGUGUUGACGUGUUAUCAUGCACUCAGGAUUAUUGUGUAUGAACCGGUGUCUACGGCCAUUGUGUUGUCAUCCAAAUCUGGUGAAUUAGAGGAACAGUUUGUUUAAAAAUUCAAUGUCUGUCAUGAAUUCCUUACCUUUUAUUUUGAUUUGAAAUCCAAAACGAGAUGACAUGUAGCUUUGAAGUUGCUCACGUUGUAUGGAAAAGAGCAACAUGAACAUUUUUCGAAACGUCUCAUUUUGGGCUCUCCAAAUGAAAGGAAGUCAGAUUUGGCACAAUGAUGAAAGGUUCAUUUAUGGGUGAACUGUUCCUUUAGGGAAGUACUGUGUCAUAAAUUCUGCUUUAUUAUUGUUAUUAUUAUUUUUGUUUUACCAAUAAAUGCAUUUAUUUGAAAGUUAAUGAAAUAAAUUUAAGCAGUAUU